AGGAAGAGCCUCCAAGGCCACUCCCUCUGGGUCCAGCUCCACAUUCUGUAGCAGACUUGGGUUCAGGUGGGCAUCCAGGACAGGGUCCAGGGCAGAAUGCAUGGCUGGGGCAUACUCUGCCAGUCCAGGGUCCAGACCCUCAAAGUUCAUGAUGACGAUGGCAGCUUACACCUAUGUCACACCCUCCCUUACCACAGUCCCUUUAGACGCCUGACCCAACCUUCAGCAAGACAGCACCGGUGGGCCUAGAAUGGACAUCCUGGCCUGUAAGGGGAAAGAGGUAGCUGAGUCAAGGGUAGGUCCAGGUACUGGUACGUAGGAUCUUCUAAGUUAUGGGGCAGGAGGGAGAUGAGGCAGGCAUGAGGGAUGAGACUGCCAGCCAAAGGAGGAAGCAGGCAGGGGAGGGAUGGGCAGUGGGGGUGGAGGUGGUAGAACUGUUGUCCCUAUCUCUCCUCCGCUAGGCCCUCUGUACUCUCCACCACCCCAAUAUCUAACCUAAUCCUUGACUUCCCUUUCUUCUCAUUUCAGACUGCUCACUUGCCUGGUUCAGCCCUGAAUCAUCAGGUGAAGGGAGCGAGAACUGCAGGGGUUGGCGUUAGGUAGAGGGAUCUAAGGUGCUUUCUCCCAGAAUUGGGGGUGAGGACGGAUGGGUUGGACGGUGGGGAGAACGAGAAGUCAGUUUCCCAGAAUCCUCUCCAAUAGCUACCCAGGAUUCCCCAGAGGAAAACAAUAAUGGCCAGUUACCCACAAUUGGGGCGGGGGCAGGGGAAGGUGGUGGAAACAGCUAGUUACCCAGAAUUCUCUGGGGGAACCAGAGAAAUCGGUUAUCCAGAAUUCUCCCACGGCGGCGGCGAGGAGGGGGAUAGGGCAAGGGUCAGAUGUGUUCCUGGGAUGCUUACGGGGAAUGGGUCAUUACCAAGAUUUCUCCAUGGCGGAUAUUUUGGAGCGCGUGGAAUUACAACGAGUAGGGGGAGCGCAAGCGCUGUCAGCUCCGCGGGAAAUUCCAGUUUCCCCAGUUCUCCCCCACGCCUAGGGCCUCAACCUAACCACUACGGCGCCAAGGACCGGACUCCCAGGCGCGCCUUCCAAUCAAGAAGGGCUCGGGGCACAUUUAAGCCAAUCAGAAGGGCUCCGGGCGCAUCUAAGCCAAUCAGAAGGAGCCAGGGCUCCCAGAAUGGGGACCAGAGAUGGGAAGAGCAAAGGAGACGUUGUACACAAGACCAUCCAGUUGAAAAUAAUGCUGUUUCCAACUGAGAAAAAGAAGCCUGUUUAUUCCUAAUAGAGGUCAUCAGGUAGGAAUCAAACUUCAUUGCAAACAGCUCACCAUCCUAUUGGGAGAUGAAUGAAUGUUUCUUUGUUUUGUUUUUUCCUCAAGCAGGAGGAAGUGAGGAAAUUAGGUUUGGGGUGGGGUAGGGGUAUAGCUUUGAGAGGCAAAAAGAUCAGGGAAAGGUCAAACAGGAAGGAACUUGAGACCAGAUUGAUUUUUUUUUUUUUUUUUUUUUGAGACGGAGUCUCGCUGUGUCUCCCAGGCUGGAGUGCAGUGGCGCGAUCUCGGCUCACUGCAAGCUCCGCCUCCCGGGUUCAUGCCAUUCUCCCGCCUCAGCCUCCGAGUAGCUGGGACUACAGGCGCCCACCACCACGCCCGGCUAAUUUUUUGUAUUUUUAGUAGAGACGGGGUUUCACCGUGUUAGCCAGGAUGGUCUUGAUCUGCUGACCUCGUGAUCCGCCCGUCUCGGCCUCCCAAAGUGCUGGGAUUACAGGCUUGAGCCACCGCGCCCGGCCUGAGACCAGAUUGAUUUAAAUAUUUGCUCUCCCUUCCCCCCUCCAGCCCCAUCCCUGCUGUGCACUCCCCACCACCCCCCGUCCCCGCCCCUUCUACAGCCAUUUCAAUUCCUGGAGAGCAUUACACAUGUGUCCCAUCCUAGGCCUCUAGCCACAGCAACCACACGACUCAUUUCCCCUGGAACUGAGGCUGCAUACCUGGGCUCCCCACAGAGGGGGAUGAUGCAGGGAGGGGAAUCCCACCUGCUGUGAGUCACCUGCUGGUAUAAAGGGCGGGCCUUACAAUGCAGGGACCUUAAAAGACUCAGAGACAAAGGGAGAAAAACAACAGGAAGCAGCUUACAAAGUCGGUGAACAACUGAGGGAACCAAAUCAGAGACGCACUGAACAGAAUCAGGCUCAAAGCAAGUGGAAGUGGGCAGAGAUUCCACAAGGACUGGUGCAAGGCACAGAGCCAGCCAGAUUUGAGAAGGCAAAAAAGAUG